AUUUUUAUCUUUCUACUUAAUGUUGAUCCUUGCUGCUCAAAGUGUGUAUGGACUUAAUACCAAAUGCUCCAGAGCUAUCCAGAGUUCAACAUGGAAACAAAUAUACACAGCAGACCGAGCCGUGGAUGGGAACACGGGCAAGAAGUUUUUCGGAGACACGUGUUCACACACUGACUGCAAUGACGACAACCCAUCCUGGACUCUGUGUCUUGGAAAUAUGCAAACUGUCAGUUCAGUUACUAUCCACAACCCUGAUAAAGCAAAAGGCCGCCUAAAGAACAUCAAGAUUGACGUAUACACAGAGAACCCCAGCAACCCUGGAGCGGUACCAAUAUCAUGCGCCACUAUCGGCAGCACGCCCGUUACCGAUGGAAUCUCGAUUACGCUUGACUGUCCACUAAAUGUGGUUGGUAGUUACAUUAAAAUUAGCAAGACUACAGUGGGCAGAGGAUGGGGAAGGGGAUACUACAUGUGUGAUGCCCUAGUUCUUUGUGAGGUUGUGGUGAACGCAACAGCAGCAUCUGUCACCUGUCCAAAUGGUUUUCAGGCGUUCGGAGGUUCUUGUUAUUCCGUUCCCGUUUCCCAAACUGCGACAUGGUUUGAGGCCAGGAUUGCCUGCUCCACCAUUGGGGCCGAACUGGCUGUAAUUGAAAGUAUGGCCGAGAACGAUUUCAUAAAAACAACAUUCUUUAUGGCUGGAAAUGCGUACUGGACUGGGUUGCAAAAAAUUGCCGAUGGUAUGACCUGGCUUUGGAUUGAUCCCAAUGCGGUACAGGGAGUGCCAAACGGACCAUCUAACGUCGCCACUCCGUUCGAGGAUUGGGAUGUUGGACAGGGCGGCACACCCAACACCUUGAACUGUAUGAACAUUGACGACAUCGGGAACGGCCCCAUGUGGUCUCAAGAUAAUUGCUUGGAUUCUCACCAUUUUGUAUGCGAGAAGAGUCCAACGUUCCCAGCGCCGACACCCAUAAUGUGUUUCCAGUAGGAUUCAGCACUAUAGUCUGUCCCAUCAAUCUAUUAAAAUGUUUUUUGUUAAUAAUUUCAGUUUGGUUUGACGUAAGAAGAAAAGUAAAAGUGUUUUGGAAAUAACAAAGAAAUACAAUUUGUGUGUGCAAUUGACAAAUCAACCGGCUUGGAAAUAAAUAACUUGUAGUAAAUUACAUAGUAUGAAAAAAAGCGUUCCCCGUGGAUUUUGUUUGUUUGUUUUUUGGGUUGUUUUUUUACCUCUGAAGCUGCAAUUCGACUGUAACACUUAUAUCUUUUGGCAAUUGAGAUUUUAGAAUAGAUCGUCAAGUUGAAGGUUCGUACUAUGAAGCGCCAAUCUUCGAUUUUUGUUAGCUGCAAUCUAUUAUGCUAGGAAGACACUGCACGAUUACAUUAUUUUUGGUUGUGGGGAAGAGGCCUAUAUACAAGUAUAAUUUUUUUUUUUUUUUAUGUAAGACUAUUUGUAAAUAUUAAUCGGCUUUAUUCUACAAGUUGUCAACAAAUACUUUGGUGGUUGGGGAGGGUAAUAUUUAGUGCUUAGUAUUAUGUAAAAGUACAUGGUAACAUUAACUGACGCUAUAUAACCGUAAAUAAAAUGUGUUGAGUGCGUCGUUAAAUAAAAGACUUCCUUUCUUUUUCUUUUUGGUAACAUUAAAGCAUAAACAUGUA